AUGGUGUUGAUUUUCUCCGUUAUUUUAUUUAAUUUAUUACAUGGUGUGAAAUCUUCAUCCGAUCCAACAACUACCACCACAAUUACUGCCAAUGAUUUUAUUAGAACAAUAGCAACAGAACAAUAUGAUCGAACAUUGUUACCUACUAGAAGAAAUCAAGCAAGUGUCAUGUCUCUGAUGCUUCCUAAAUUCAUUAACAUUCAACCAUCAGGUCUUCAAAAUUCCUUUCCCUAUAAACUCUUCCUCUACAGAGAGAAUGAACAACAAGACUCAACACAGGAACAACAACAGAAGGUUAGAUUGGAUGGUUUUCCACUCUUGUUCAUUCCACAGGCACAACAUGGAUCCUAUGCAGAUGCCAAAUCACUUGCAUCAACUUUAUAUGAAUUGAAUGGACAUUCAGAAUAUAGAAAAGAGGUCUAUACUCAAGCUAGUUAUAUUCAUCAAAUGACCAAUGACAUGACCUCUUCCAAUAGAUUUGGUUUCAAUGACACCAAUGAUAAAUCAUCAGAAGAAAAGAAUGAUGAAGGUCAAUUGAUUGGAUUUGAUGUUUUCACAAUUGACUUUAAUGAUGGAGAAUGGAGUAAUUUUCACAGUGGACUUCAAAAGAGACAAGAGGAAUACAUUAAACAAAUUGUAGAGUUUAUUCUAAAGGGACUUUAUAAGGGAUAUCACAACAAGUUAAUGAUUGUUUCGUAUAAUAGUGAGCAUGGAUUUGAGAAAGUUUCGGAUAGUGUUUAUUUGGCUGUUACAAUUCAAGCUGGAAAUGGAAAGAUUUUGUGGAAUAUGCCAGGAAAGGAAAAGAAGGAAGUUAAAAUUCCUGAAAUGAUUAACAUUUUGGGAACUAGUACCAUUCCACAUAUUUUCUCAAAUAUGGACAAGUCUGCAAUGAGAUGGACUAAACAAUUGCAACAAGUUUUGGCAAGUAUUUUGCUUAGUAUUGGAAAUUCAGGUGCCAAUUCUGAACAUGGCAAUUUGGACAUGUCUGUAGAGGAUAGAGAUUUGAUCAUUUCACAAUAUCUUUCUCUCAAAACCAAUUCAAUUCCAGAUUCUCUCUUGUGGGACGACUAUGCAGCCAAGAGAGAAAAUGUUAAGAAGGUUACACUCGGUAAUAAGGAAAUUGUCGAGUUGAGUCUUGGAAAGAUUGAAACUGUUAAAUUUGGAAAUCAAAAGGUCUUGUAUUACAUGUUGAAUACUGAUGCUUUGCAAGAGGAGGUCAAUACCAUCUAUAUUUUCACAAACUUCUUCAGACACGAAGUGGAUAUCUUUAUGAGCGAGGACCAUAAAGUGGGUGGAGAAGAUAAUGGACCUACUGUCGUCUCUAAAUCAAUUUUCAAACUCUACAAGCAACAAAUUACAAUGUUGCCUUACUUGGAAACUGAUGAAGAUCAUUUGGAAAGAUACAAUUCCAAUCAACAAGUUGCCAAGGUCAUGAUUAAGAUUCCUAAUAUUAAGGAUCAAGUUGCUAAGAGAAAGAUUUAUGUGAGACUCACUAGUUUGUAUACCAAUGAAGAAUUAUCAAUGGGAGCUGAGGAAUCCUAUCCGGAUCGUUACUUGGUUGCCUCUUCUCAUCCAGGAACAUGGAAGGAAACAUCAAAGAACUUUAUCAAACCGCAUGUCAUUGAGAAUACUAGUGAUUUAUCUGUUGAUUUCUGGAAGAGCGGUGUUAGUGUUAAAUCUCCAAGUCCAUACAUUGUUUUGACUCAUUUACCAUUGACCUACUCUUACAAAAUGUCAGUGAUUAAUACUCACUGCUCUGAUUUGUAUCCAGUUGUGCAAUUCCAUUAUGGUAGCAUGUUUGAGUUUGAAUCUCAAUAUAUUCCAUUGAGAUAUUGUGGAGAAAAUAUCAUUGAUCUUCAAUUCCUCAAUUUGACUGACAUUUCCGAUAGAAAUGAUGAGAAAUUGAAGGGAAUUGCCGUCUACUUUUUGAAUACCAAUGAAAAUCAAACAGAAUUUGAAGUGAGCUUCAAGGUAGAUUUGGAAGAAUCUUUCAUUCACACCAUUACCACUCAACAUCUUCACACAUUGGCUUGUGAUAUCUUUGUCAUUGUUGUCAUAUUGCUUGCUUUCGAACAUUUGAAAUUGUCUCCAAUUGUCUCAUCCAUUCUAAUGCUCAUUUUGUGUCCAGCAAUUGCCUUCUUGCAAUAUCUCACUAUGGGUAAAGUUUUAUACAUUACCGACAUGAGCUUGAUUAAUUUGAGUGUUUGCUUGAUUUAUUCAUGGGUUGCUGUCUUGUUGGUCAUUCUUGCAUUGAGAAUUAUCACUCUAGUUUUUGGAGUGGCUGCAAAACUCAUUCCUUCCUCUUUUGUAAUGGCCAUUUCUGUUGCUCUCUUCACAGCAAGUUUUGCUUUUGAUCCAGCUCUUCCUUUCACUCUCUUGACAUUCAUUUAUAUUUUCAAACAUUCAUCUCAAUCAAACAUGACAAGUGUCUUGUACAUGUUAGUUUCCUUAGUAUUAAUGGGUCCAAGUACUUUUGCUUUUAUUAAGGAAUGGAAUUAUUGGAUUGAAUUGAAGAAACCAACACAAACCAUCUUUUCAGUUUUACCUGCAUCUGUCUUGACAAGAGUUUGCUCACCAAUCAUGUUGAUUCCAUUCUAUUUGAAUGCAUUGGAAUUGAGAUGGUUAAAGGUGAAAUCAUUUGGAAAUUUGGUUGGCUUGUUGACUUUAUUGAGUGGAAUUUUGUUGGCAAUUGUGGCCAAGAUUGAAACGUAUUAUAUUAUUCCAGUGUUGGCAUUUGUUGUCAUUUUGAAUGUUGUUUCGACCAGAAAUUAA